CCAGUUGCUCUGUUGCUUCGCCAAAGACCAUACGUAUUUCCUGAUUCUCUCUCUCUCUCUUUCUCUCUCUCUCUCUCUCUAUAUAUAUAUAUAUAUUGUUUCAUUUUCUGCAACUUGAGUCGAAGAUGGUGGAGAACGGCGCCGACGAUUGCUAUGAGCCUCGACUUUCCAUUGGAUUCAUGUCAUGUUUAGUUCCUCCAGCCAAAUGCGUUGAAGGCCCCAAGGCGAGCCUCUCUUACGAGCAGCUGUAUCCGCAACCGCUGCAGCUCACAGUUCUUAAAUUGGAUGGUUCAUCCUUCAGGAUUGAGGUAGAACAGGCGGGUACAGUUAGGGAUCUGAAGCGUGCUGUGGAGGCAGCAUUUCGUCAUUUGCCGAAGAAAGGACCUCGAAGUGUUUCGUGGGAGCAUGUAUGGGGACAGUUUUGUCUUUGUCAUGAAGGCCAGAAAUUGCUGAAUGAUGGAGAUUACAUAGGAAUGAUAAGCAUUAGGGAUGGUGAUCAGCUGCAGUUCAUUCAUCAUGCAUCAUAUGCCCAUCAAUUGGCCGGGGUACCAUCAAGACCUGAGGAGCUUGACUCGGAUGAUGAAUGUGACUACUCAGCUUACUCGUGGGAUAAACAUCAAAACAACGGUGAUGACGAUGAAUCUGCAAGGAAUUUACUGGACACCCAAAAUGAUGUUACCUCUCAAUGUGACUAUAAUUUGACUCACACCAUAAGAGGGUGUUUCUCAUAUCAUAAAUUCAGCAACCAACCAAGAGGCGGUGAUGAGAGAAGCACUCCAUCAAAAGCUUCCAACAACAUUCUGGGAAGUUUAAAGCACUGCCUCCGACUUCCCUGCAACAAACGCUACCCUCGGAGACAAACUCCUAAGGGAGAAUAA